UUGCCAUCAGCAAACUUACGAUUUUGACACAUAAUUUUAAAUAAAAAUAAUUUCUUUAAAGUGAUUCAUACGGUUCUUUCUACUGAUUUUAAAUUCUUGGCCUAUUAAUCAUCUAGAAAUAGGUAACAUUUCGGAGCAGUAUGAAUGUAAGAGAUUUAACAGAAGGCAUUAUAGCGGAACCUUCCAUAUUCACUCAUGAGAUGUGUAAAAUUACAAACCUGUGAUACAAAAUAAACAAUAAUGUCGGAAGUAAAAGGAACUAAGGCUUUAGAAUUAUGGUGCAAACGAUUGGUAAAAGAUUGUCCUAAUAUACAGAUUGAUAACAUGACAACAUCUUGGAGGAAUGGAAUGGCAUUUUGUGCAUUAGUUCAUCAUUUUCGGCCGGAUCUCAUUGACCUUUCCAAACUUAAACCAGAAAAUAUAUAUGAAAAUAAUCAGCUGGCUUUUAGCAUAGCAGAAAAACAUUUAGGAAUUCCUGCUCUAUUGGACCCUGAGGAUAUGGUUGAAAAUGAUGUCCCGGACAGAUUGUCAGUAUUAACAUAUUUGUCUCAGUUUUACCAGCGCCUUAGUCAUACAGUAAAUAAUAAAGCUACUGAGGGUGAGCCAAAAGCCUCAUCUCCUACAACUAAGCAUCCAGUUACUCCUAUAAGAUUUGGAAAGACAGGUCUUGACAAAUGUGCUGCAUGUGGAUUGCCUGUCUAUUUGGCACAAAGACUGAUGGUGGAUCAUAAACUUUACCACAGAAGAUGUUUCCGAUGUUCAAAGUGUUCUGGCCACUUGAACCCAAAGAAUUAUCAAGUAGAUGAUACAUCUGAAUUUUGUUGUGAUACUUGCAAAAAUGAAAAGAAUUUCAAUUCAACAAAGAUUUUCAAUAAUAAUGACCAGAUGGGAAUGCUAGCAUAUAGUGGAGAUGCAAGUGAUUCAAAAACUGACCCCUGUAAUGAGGAACAAGUAAGUCAAAGACUUAAGACCAGGCCACAGUCUGUAUUAGAUAAAAUAAGCAUGUUUGAAAAGAAUGUAGAAAAAGACACAAGUAUUGAUCAUAAAUUAGCAAAUAUUAGUUUAAAAGAUUCCACUAAAGAUAAGCUUAAAGUAGAUAAAUCCUUAGAUAUUGAAAAUAGUAGUAAAGACCAAGUUUUUUCUUCUAAAGUUGAAAAUAUGGAACUAAACAAAUCAAUCAAUUUGAAUGAUGAUGUAAUUAGUUUUAAUGAAAGUUUCUAUAAAAAAGUGCCUGAUAAUAUAUACAAGAGCAAUAUAAAUAAAUUUAAUUUUUUACAAACACAACUGUCAGAAGACAAUGUGAUAACUGAGACAGCAUCAAAUAGCAGUGAACAUGUGGAAGACAAACCCAAACAAGAGGACAUUAAUUUGACUACUGCUAAUAGGUCUUCUAUUUAUGAUGGCAUAUUAAGUAACAAACUAGAAGAACCUAAGGAAGAAAGUAAUAUAACAGACGAUAGCAGACUUGCUAAAUCCAACCUAAACAUAUCUAAUUCAAAUAUAUCUGCGAUGUUAGAAUCUAAAAAUUCCAUUAAAGAUGAUUCAGAGAAAAGUAUAAGUGUACCACCAAGACGAAAAAAACACAACACAUCAAUAGAUAAAGCUACAAAUGGUGUAAAAAAAGAAGUACCAAAUAAGACCAUUGUUAAAAAUCAAGAAUAUCCCGAUUACCUGAACCCAUUUUCUGAUGACGACGAAGAUGAGAAGGUGACCCCCAUAGAAGAACCUAAAAGAGUUAGUACUAACCCUUUCGGAAGUAGUGAAGACGAAGAUGAAGUACCAACAGUCCAAAUACCACAAAACAAAGAAUUACAAACACCAAUAAAAAGACAUGUCAUAGCACAAAACCCCUCAAACCCUUUUUGGUCGGACGGAGAAGAACCAUCAUCUGAUGAAGAGACAUAUCAAAGGAGUUCCAAUUUGUAUAAAUCAUCAAUGGCGACGAGUACUCCAAAUCUACCGUCAAGUACUCCGCGACGUAAAAAGCCGAAAGCACCAGCGCCUCCGCCAACAAUCACCAUAAGCGAAGCACAAAAAGCGGACAGAAAUUCCAUGUCCGUGUCUAUGGACGAUGUUGCCAGUAUAUCGUCGCUAAGCUCCCACACCUCUACAGUUUAUUCUGAUCAAAAAUCGAUUGGCACUAUAACACCUAAAUCGAAAAAGAAACGUCAUGCGCCGACACCGCCGGACAGUCUUUCCACUCUCUCCGGGUGUGGUGCGGAGUCUAUGGAGAAAGGUGUGGACACGUCCGGUACGCGUAGUGGUGCUUCCGAUGAGGUGAGCGCGGUGGGUAGGCGGGUGAAGGGCCCGGCGCCGGGACUGCCGCUGCCGGCGCGGCGCGCAGUUCGGCUGCAGCUGUCGGGGGAGGAGCUGCAGGUGCAGCUGGACCUGCUGGAGACGCAGCAGCUGGGCCUUGAGCGCCAGGGCGUGCUCAUCGAGCAGAUGAUACGUGACAAGUGUGAGGGUGACGAAGCCGUAUCGGUGCCACAGGAAGAAAUUGAAGACUUGGUGAUACAGCUGUGUGAACUUGUCAAUGAAAAGAAUGAUCUGUUUAGAAAACAAACGGAACUUAUGUACAUUCGCCGGCAGCAAAGAUUAGAACAAGAACAAGCGGACAUUGAACACGAAAUCAGAAUCAUACAAUCGAGGCCUGCUGUUAAUCGCAUAGAUUCUGAUAAGGCGCGCGAGGAGGAGCUGGUGACGCGGCUGGUGGAGAUCGUGCGGCUGCGAGAUGAGCUGGUGCAGCAGAUAGAGGCUGAGCGUCGCCGUGAGCGUCAAGAGGAUCUCGCCAUUGCAGCCUCCAUCGCCACCAAGAGAGCUCAAAGGAACAGCGAUUCAAAUGCUUCAUCUAUUAAGUCGACGGAAACUAUCGUCAGCCCAAAAAAGAACAAGGUAAAGGACAAAGUGAAAAAACAAUUAAAGAAAGCAAAGCACACAUUAAUUUCCAAGAAAAAGGACGAAGAUAAAAUGGAGAAAGAAAAGAAACCGAAAUGAAUUAUCAACUUUAAAACAAAA